AUGGCAGAGACGACCGAUUCUAGUAGCUCGUCGACGGACCUCACCCCUAUCUCGUCCGUUGGAACAAGCAAUUCACCAGCAGAAGGAAAUGAAGACUUUGCCAAUGACAAACAAGRUUCUCUGAGCAGACAGGAGAGGUUCCAAAGAUGGCGGCCUUCGUACCAUGUCAUGGCUGCAAGUGGUUGGAUGAACGAUCCUUGUGCCCCUGGAUUCAAUCCCAGAACUGGUCUGUAUCACAUUGGAUAUCAAGUUAAUCCCAACGGAGAUGAUUGGGGAGAUAUAGCCUGGGGAUCUGCCACUUCUCCUGACUUGAUCCACUGGACGUAUCGCGAAACUCCUUGUCUGUCACCAGAUAGACCAUACGAUGACAAGGGCGUCUUUACUGGUUGCUUGAUCAAUGCGCGGGAUGGAUCACUCACAUAUGCCUAUACUUCUGUCAAUCAUCUACCGAUUCAUCAUACGCUUCAGCAUGUCAGAGGGUCGGAGUCCUUGAGCUUGGCAAAGUCUUUCGAUGGUGGUAGGUCAUGGCAGAAGAUCGAUGCCAAUCCCAUCCUACCAUGUGAGCCUGCUGGUGUCGAAGUUACUGGAUGGAGAGACCCUUUCGUUUCUGCAUGGCCUCGCAUGGCAAGUAUCCUCGGUACGGAUGAAUCGAAGACACUGUUCGGCAUUGUCUCUGGAGGUAUACGGGACUUGUGUCCCACAUCGUUCCUGUACUCCAUCGACGCCAACGACUUGACUCGCUGGGCAUAUCUUGGCCCGCUUGCAAACUUUGGCCUGAACUUCAGCCCUUCAAGAUGGUCUGGCGAUGUCGGAAAGAAUUGGGAGGUUACCAACUUCGUCACACUACGUGACGAGAUAGACGAGCAGCUUGAGUGGGAUAUGCUCAUUAUGGGCACCGAAGGUUGUUUGUCAACCUCACCUGCCUCUGUUGCUGAAGGUCCCGGUCCUUCGCGCCCCGCACGAGGGCAACUUUGGAUGGCAGGGACUUUGCAAAGACCAGUCUCGAGGACUACCUUCGCCGGUCCUGUGGAGAUGACGUAUGAUUACGGGGGACAUCUCGACCAUGGAUGUAUGUAUGCUGCGAACUCCUUUUACGACCCAAAGACACAAAAGCAAGUCGUCUGGGGAUGGAUCACCGAGGAAGACCUUUGUGACGAGCUGCGACACGCUCAAGGCUGGAGUGGGCUUCUCUCGAUGCCGCGUGAGCUCAGUGUGCAGUCCCUGCAGUACGUCGUGGGAGCCUCCAGGAGUGACCUCUUCGACAUAACGUCGGUACAUCGGACCCCAGAUGAAUUUGGAUCGUUCACCAUUCGAACACUUACCAGUCAACCUUACCGACCGCUCGUAGAAGAGCUUCGGAAAGGUUCCAAUGUUCAUCGAACGGAUCUGCGAAACAAGGAGCUUACCAGCGGAGUGUUCGACGUUGGAUUCAAGUCUCACGAGAUCAAGACUACUUCUUGGGAACUUGAUUGCUUGUUCAAGGUGUCUAAGCGUACACAAUACAUCGGAUUCAGCAUCGAUCACAGUGGCGACUACUCUCGCUCCACCAGCUUGUUCUUCGACYAGUACCAAGAGACCUUGACAAUCAACAGACCAGCUUUCCCAGUCCUCAAUUCCCCAGAAUUGAUAAGCAGCGCACCUGAGCAGGCUCCUCAUACUCUCUUCACCAUGCGUGAUCCUGUAACCGGCAGGUAUGAGCAAGAAAUGUUGCACAUUAGAGCUUGGAGGGAUAAUUCCGUUUUGGAAGUUUUCGUCAAUGGUCGAACGGCAAUUUCGACAAGACUUUAUGCUGCGGAGGAGACUUUUGGUCUGCGUUUCUUCGCCGAUGAGCUUGUGAAUGGUAUCGCGGAUGUACCGAGCGAGCUGGUGAGUGCGACACUUUGGGAUGGUAUCAGUGUUUCUUCAUAG